CAAAUUAGGGAAUGUGCAACUGUUAUUUUUAUCUCCAUUUUUGUAUCAGAAUAAUGCCUAAUUUAUAGGAUAUUAUACAGUAGCUCGGUUCAAUUUCAGAAGGAAACCGAUCUCUAAAGUGGGCUAAGCUAGAGUAAUAGGUUAUAACUACUCAACGUUACCGUUAUCGUGUUUGUCGACCAACGGAAAAACGGUUAGAUUUGUCUGCGAUGCGGCGCUAGCAUUAGGCUAUAUAUUGGCCUAAUUAUUGAUCAGCCUUUUCCAGCUAAUUUUGAGGGAGUGGGGUGAUCGCUAUUUCAACCUACACAGUUUUGCCGAACUUAAUCGGUCCUUCUCAGAAAUAGACUGAGUGAGCGGGGUUACCGGUAUAGCCGUAUUUCUCGCCUUACUGAAAAUCGGCGACAUGUGUUUACAUUGAUCACCUUGUGCUAGUUUUAAGGGCGGGCGGGUGGAAGUUUCGUAAUCCCGUGGCAGUAAUAGCUAGCAGUCCCACUACGGGACAGCCUCCCGUAUCGGUCGUCCAAUGGAUCAUUCCGGGGUAAUGCAGACGUCACGUCACAAGGGCCGGUCUGCCUAUCGUAGGAUGUGCCUUAGGAGGUUCAUCUACAUCCUAUAAGGGGACCACCGAGAGAGCUGCAAGAUGGCGAGUACAGUGGUUGUGACUCCAGACUCCUCCCUUGAUAAGUCCAGCCGCUUUUAUUUGGUGACCUGGGUCAACAACUUACUGAAGACCAACUUCAAAGAUGUGCGGCAGAUGGGUUCAGGUGCAUGUCACUGUCAGAUCAUGGACUGGGUUAUUCCUGGCUCUGUUGACAUGACCAAGGUAAAGUUUGAUGCACAAGGUGAAGAUGACUGUAAGCACAACUUCAGACUCCUCCACGAGGCCUUCAGCAAGAGUGGUGUCACAAGGACCAUCUCCGUUGAGGAGCUCAUAAAAGGGGAUUUUAAAAGCAACUUUGAGCUUCUGAAGUGGUUCAAAGUUUUCUACAAUGCAAAUGUGAAAAGUGAAGACUAUGACCCUGUGAAAGCUCGGGACAGCCAUGAUAUUAGCCCUCUUGUGACAUCUCUUCUAUCGCAAAAAGAAGAGAACAGCACUGUGAAUAAAAUGUUCCCCUACACUGAAAAGUGGAAGGAUAUUUUUGAUUGGGCUGACCAUAGUGCUCUAGGAGAGCACUAUACAUACUGCCGCUCUUGUGACAGGAACCUGAACACAUUUAAUAGAGGCCUUAUUGACCUUAGGCGACAUGCAGAAACAAACAAACACAAGAAAAGCCAACGCCCUGAUCCGCUACCCUGUAGCGACGCAGCUAUUCGGUUUAUUCACAAACAAUGUUACACUGUAUCUGCUAAAGGUCGACUGGCAUCUAGACAUUUUGCACACUGUAAGCAGAGGCUGCAGUACCCCAAACAAAUCACAUCUGUUUGCCAACACACUCCGUACUGUGUUUACAUUUAUGGAGGGGUAACGCUGGGAAAGGAUGACACCGUCUCUGUGGUCCUUGUUGGGUUUUUUGAUGUCGAUGCCUCCAGGCACUGCAUCCGAUUUCUGGAUGCUCUUCAGUCAGGGGGCGGUGCAAGAGAUCAAACGGCGGCAGCAGUGGUGAAGACCUUGAAGAAAUUCGGGUUGCCCCCAGAUAAUCUUGUCGCUGUUUAUUCUGAUGGGAAUGGUGCGGCCUCAGAGCACAUCUGCUCGCAACUCAGGGAACUCAAUCCGAACAUCAUAGCCUUAGGAGGGCUGUACACCAUCGCUGAUGCUGCUUGCCAUGCUGGGGUUAAAGAGCUCUCCAAUCAGGCUCAAGAGUUGAUGGCAGAUAUCCAUGAUCACUACUCCUCCUGCUCUACCAAGAAUGACAACCUCAUGGCUCUUUUUGGCUCAGAUAUUAGUGCGGACAGUCCAUCGUUUCAUCUCAACACCAGCUGCCUUAAGUUUUACCUGUUGGUCACAAAAAUUUUGGAAGUAUGGACAGAUCUGAUAUUGUACUUUAAGUCUAGCAACGAUGAUGACAAAGCCAAGAUGAUCUGCUCCCAGCUGCAAGAUCCAAAAGUCAGGGCAACAUUUAUGUUCCUGGAGCAAGCCCUGAAGCCUCUGCACAGUUUCCAAAGACGUCUGCAGACACACAAUGGGGCUGCCCGAGCUGACAUGCUGCUCAUCCUAGAGGAAGCUAGUAGCCUGCUGUCAACCUACACCUCCUACUUCCUUAAUCCUCAAGCUGCUGCCCGCUUCCUCAAAGAACACAAUGCCCAAAUCCUUAAGAACAAGAAAUUCCACCUGUCGAGCCCUGAGUUCAAUCUGGGUGGGAAAGCUGUGGAAGACUUCCUGAAUGAGUCAGAGGCUACAGAGGCUCUGCCACUGUUAAAAGAGGGGGCAUUGUCUUUCUACAUCGCACUCACAGGUAUCAUUGUAGAGGAGCUGCCUCUAAGCGAGGAGGUACUCAGGAGCAUAGCUCAGCUGCUGAACCCCCAGAGCAGACUGAUAGUAACAGGGAAAGCAGUUGGGGAGCUUGGGACUAAUCUGGGAAUCUGCAGCACCCCCGACGAGGUCAACCAGCUCACGAGUGAAUUCCUUGAGUAUCAGCAAGCUGAGGAGGAAGUGAAGGACAACUCAGCAGUAGUUUCACUAGAGAAACACUGGGCAAGCGUACUGAAGGACACCAAGCCAACCUCAGUCUUCAGGAAACUUCUUUUGACCCUGUUGUCUCUCCCCUGUCCUCCACUUGUGGCUCAGCAGGUUUUUACUCAGGCCCUGGAGAAUGAAGAUGCUGCACUGUCCUCUGAGAGUGAAGCCUUAACAGAAAGUGAGUGUGAUGUCUCUGACAGCACCAGCAGCAAGGACUCCUCAGUUCACCCUGAAGAACUGAAUGGCCCUAAAGUGACAGUGAAGCCGUGUCAAGUUCUCCUUACAAAGAUAAAUCAGCCAAAGAAUGAACAUGGAGGUAAACCUGAAGAGAAUGGCACCUCGUGGAAAGAGGGGACCAGUAGGGGAAGUUUUGGCUGGGAGAGCAGCUUACGCCAGAAGCCACAGGCCCGUAUGGUGUUUCAGGCUGGUGCUAGCUCCUGGUCAAAACCCUUAGAUGUUGAUAAGGACAGAACAAAGGGCCGGGCGUCCCAAGAUGAAGUGGCAGAUGAGGCAUCACCCAGUAAACCAACACCAAGAGGACGACGGAAACAAGCCUACCAGGAUGGGAAAGGGUUUCUGACAGGAGAGCUGGUGUGGGGGAAAGUGAAGGGAUUUUCCUGGUGGCCUGGGAUGGUGAUGGCUUGGAAAACAAAGACCGCUCCCCCGGGUAUGCGCAGGGUGGAGUGGUUCGGAGACGGCAUGUUCUCAGAGAUCUAUACGGACGUUCUGCUGACAUUCAGUGCCUUCACUAAGUGCUUCUGCAAAAAUUCCUUUGCCAGUUUGCCCAUCUACAAGGAAGCCAUCUAUCAGAUCAUCGAGUUAGCAAGUGAGCGAUGUGGGAAGUCUUUUGCUGAGGCAGCAGGAAAUAAAGAAAAAGAGCUGAAGCUGAUGCUGGACUGGGCUUUUGAAGGAUUUCUGCCUACAGGACCAGAGGGAUUCUUACCUCCCGAUUCUCCUGCACAUCAGGAUUCUUGUGAUUCUGCCCUGUCGGACUGCCAGCCUCCAGCAAAAAGGAAAUAUGUUUUAAAAAGCAAGGCAAAUGCACCUGCCAUCAUCUAUAAAAGAGAAUCAAUUACAGAAAGGGUCAAAGAGAAAGGCAAAACAAUUGAAGAUUUUUGUUUGUCUUGUGGAUCAUCUGAGAUUGAAGUGCAGCACCCGUUGUUUGAAGGUGGCCUUUGUCUAAGAUGCAAGGAGAACUUCACAGAGACACUGUAUCGCUACGAUGAAGAUGGUUACCAGUCGUAUUGCACCGUGUGCUGUGCCGGCUUGGAGGUCAUUCUGUGUGGCAAUGCCAGCUGCUGCAGAUGUUUCUGCAAAGACUGCCUGGACAUCCUGGUGGGCCCGGGAACCUUUGACAAGCUGAAAGACGUCGAUCCGUGGAGCUGCUACAUGUGCAAUCCGUCACAGUGUGACGGAAACCUCAAACUCAGGCCAGACUGGAGCGUUAAGGUUCAAGACUUCUUUGUCAACAACAGCGCCAUGGAGUUUGAGCCUCACAGAGUGUACCCCUCCAUCCCUGCCGAUCAGCGCAGACCAAUAAAGGUGCUCUCGCUUUUUGACGGCAUUGCAACAGGAUACCUGGUGCUCAAUGACCUGGGUUUAAAGAUUGAGCGCUACCUUGCUUCAGAGAUUUGUGAGGAUUCGAUCGCUGUGGGUAUGAUCAAGCACGAGGGAAAGAUCGAAUAUGUCAAUGAUGUUCGAACCAUCACCAGGAAACAUCUGGCUGAAUGGGGUCCAUUUGAUCUUCUGAUUGGAGGCAGCCCAUGUAACGACCUGUCUAUGGUCAACCCUCUUCGAAAAGGUUUAUUUGAGGGCACUGGAAGGCUCUUUUUUGAGUUUUACCGCAUUCUGACCCUGUUGAAGCCGAAGGAGGGCGACGACCGUCCUUUCUUCUGGUUGUUUGAGAAUGUGGUUUUCAUGAGUGCCAAUGACAAGUCAGACAUCUGCAGAUUCCUUGAGUGUAAUCCAAUCCUUAUCGAUGCAGUGAAAGUCAGUCCUGCUCACAGAGCGCGCUACUUUUGGGGAAACCUCCCUGGCAUGAACAGACCUCUCGCUACAGCUCUGGAUGACAAAGUGGCCCUCCAGGAUUGUUUGGAAGUUGGACGCAUGGCAAAGUUUGACAAAGUCCGCACCAUCACAACAAAGUCUAACUCUAUAAGGCAGGGGAAGAUGGGGCCACUGCCUGUCACCAUGAAUGGAAAGGAGGACUACCUGUGGUGCACCGAAAUGGAACAGAUCUUUGGCUUCCCCAAACACUACACGGACGUGAACAACAUGGGCCGGAUGCAGAGGCAGAAAGUCCUGGGUCGCUCCUGGAGUGUCCCUGUUAUCCGUCACCUCUUCGCUCCACUGAAGGAUUAUUACGAAUGUGAAUAACGACUGUGAACCCAAUCUCUCUUGUCAGAGCAGCAGCGGUAAACCUACUGCUUUAUCCUGCCCUGCACUACUAGGUAGUUCAAACUCCUUUUUCUCUGAAAGACUUUUUAAAGUUUUUACUAUUUUGACUUUUAGAAGUGUUUGUGAGUUGUCAGUCAUCCAUCAUCCACUAUCAUCAGCAGGCACCGACACUUUUCAGUUUUACUUUUUUUUUCCAGGUUUCUUUUCAUAAAUGAUGGUGCUGUGAUCAAACAAUAAUGUUGUGAACAUGGGCCUGAAUCACAAAGCAAGAUUAGACGGUUAGCCAGCUAUCUUUGGGCUUCACUCAGGUUUUCUCAGUAUGAAGUUGGUUCACUCCAGUGCAGGUUAACGUUAGAGAUCAAAACCUGCCAACAGCUCCAUUUCACACACAAUCAGCUUAGUGGAAACAUGGAGUCAUCAUUCCUACAGGUUCCUGAAGUAACGGCGUUAACAAUAAAGUGAUAGUCAGUAGAAGUGCUUGGCUACCAUGAUAAUUAUGUUAGAGAGCAAUUAAAUAUAUUUGAAAAUUAAAAACAGGACUUUUAAUAAACAUAGGGAUAGUAAAUAACUGCUGAUUGUAGUUACAUUUUAAUUGCGCACUCUUGUUAAUUAGCUCAGUCAAUCAAUAUUUUUAAAUUUUUAACAAUAGAUCAAAUUUCUGUGUAAUGUGAAGGAAGUCAAUCUUAGUGAUGAGCCCACAGAGGUUUAUCACCUGACUCUGCAAGUUCUCCCAGCUCUACAGGGAUUUUUAGCAUCUUUCAGCUCACUGUUUUGAUUUCCUGGGCGACAACUUUACUGUUUUUGGUUCACUCUCAUAGCAUCAUUUUCGGAAACGGCAGGCCGCUGUUUUUAGCAAAAAAACCCCACCGUACACCACCUUCUCAGGACCAAACAACAGGCAGACACAGUUAGCAAUCAUCACUAUUCUAGACUACUGCACAUGUUGAAAUGCCUUUAUAGUAAUACCUUCACUUAUUAGUAGCCUUGCUUUUCAUAAUUUUGAAUGAUAUUCCUGCUAUUUCUACAUCUUCUUAUUCUUAUCUCAUUGUUUGAUCAUAUUAUAUUAAUAUUUUUGUAUAUUGACAACCAGCCUUAUGAUACCGGUUAUUCAGGAUCAAUAUUGUUAGAAGCCAGGUAACCCAAAGAGAGCCGUCAAGCUUGCUUUGCAGUACAGGCCCCAGGUCUCUACCUCAAAAUCUGCAGUUACACUUUUUCAUUCUGUAUUUAAUUUAUGAAUCUGAAAAAAACAUUUUUGAUUGUGUUUUCUUUCUACAUGACCUGCAUUUUAUGGGUUUUUUUAUUGCAUAAUCUUACCAGGGAUUUUAAGUCUGCUCUAAUCAUGUCCAUCAUAAGCUGUGGGUAAUUGUAUUGUUUUCAUUUUAUUAAAUUAAUCAAACUAUCCAAUUUUUUAAUUUGAAUUAUACAUUUAUUAUCCAAUUUACAUUAAUCUCACUGUGGUGCACCAGGGAUUUUUUCCAAACUUGCCUCACUGGUUUUGCACAUUUAUUUUUAUUUUUUUUAAGGAAAGCUAUUUAUACAAGACCAAAACUAUUUUGUGUCGACUCAUUGAGAACAAACUGUUGUGAAUCUUAUUAAUAUUUCAACUGGAGUGUCUUUAACAUUACUGUAGUGAGAUCAAUAUGGCAGAGGUCUUCUAACGUAGGAGACGUGUACCUUAAAGGAUCAUAACAGUGGUUUUGCAUAUUUCCUCCCCUUAAUAACAAAGUAUUUACACUAUAAAACAAAAAAGCCAACCAUAUUUCACAGAAAUGUAAUUCUAGCUUGAAUAAGAUGAGGCACACUGCUUUGCUCAAGUCUCGUCCUCUUCCUCCAGGUCAAACAAUAAAUACCAUUACAACAAUGUACUAAUUAAAACAUACAUGUGCUGUACACACAGCAUGGAGUUUAUUUGGUUUUGUUUUAUUUGUUUUUAAGCAAUGUAUGACAAAUAAAAAAGCACAAAUACAAAAAUAUGAUAAAUAAAUUAAGAAAACUAAAAUUAAACACAUUCAUGAAAAAAAAGAAUAUAAAGAUGAUAAAAUAGUACAAUUACAAAGAAUUUGAGAAAAAAUAAAGAAUAAGUUAUGGGGGGGAAACAAACACAUGGUGAAUAAUCAAUACAAUCAUUCAUGCCGGGAUAUAUUGAUGGAUUCAGCUUAAACAAAAUCCCCAAAUCUGUCUAAUAGACUAAUUACCAUAUAUAAUUACCAGACUCUCUACCAUCCCCAACACAAGGGCGUUAAAAACCUUAAUGACUACUAAAUGCAGAUCACCGUAUUUUAAUAAUAUUGACACAGCAAUAGUGGAUUUUAAACUUUUGUUAAGCAGUGUGCUUUGAACUCUCUGUUGUGAAUAGGGAAUGCAUCACGACCACCUGAUUUUAGUUUCUCUUUUUUAUGUUUGGAGAGUUCAUCUGGAAAGUUGUGAUGACCAUUUUUACAGUACUUUUUGACAUUUCAUAAACCAAUUACUCGUCUGUGUCAUCCCAAGACAUUUGAUGGCAUUUUUCACUGUGUACUGUGUAGUGUACCUGCUAAACCACUGGUACGGUCCUUUACAUGUCAGUGACACACAACCUUUUAGUUUGAAUAUAAUAUCUGUGCUUCUUCUUAUGUUUGGUUUGAUCUUCUUUUUUUUUUAACAUGAAAGCUUUUCUAAUUCUCUUAAAACAUCGACAGUACUGUUCAGGUGUCCCUAAACGACGAUUUUAUGCACACUAGUGUUUUUUUUAUUCAAAUGGAUAAUGUUACCUUCACUGAAUGUGGAGAUGUUUUCCAGUGUUCAAUCGCUGUACUGUAUCUGUUCACGCCAAGUUGUGCAGUUAUACACAGACAGGCCUACAUUACGAUCAGGCUGUUCUGAUGUGGUCGACACCUUUACCUCAUUGAUUGUUUGUUUGGGACUUUUGAUUCCCGAUGGUGCUACGCUAACGGUGCUAACUUUUCAAAUACAUUGUUUGUUUUUUUACUUCUGCUCUUAAAAUCGGCCCCAGCUCUUCUUAUCAGUUGUUGUUUUGGUGUGUGUUGAUUGUUUAAUUGUGGAUUUGUUUUUAUGAAAUGACAGUAGGAAUGAUGUAGGGAGAUAGUAGUGCGAUGUAUAGCUUAUUUCCAGCCAAUAAAUGGCAUACCAGGACACAAUUAAUAAAAGUGUAUGUGUGUACUGUGCCUGUUUAUGUAAUUGUAAUAAUAUUUUUUCCUUUAAGGUCCAGACUCAUUUAGCCAAACAAAAUGCAAUGUCCUGAGCCAAAACAUCUAGUUUUUAAUGUUUUAUUGCUUUGCCAUGAGUAAUUAAACACUCAAAAAUUCA